GCUCCCAUAAAGCCAUACCGCUCGCGGAUACCGCCUCUAGUUCGUCACCUCGAUUAGCCCCAGAUCCCAAGAAAAGAACAAAGCGAUCCGCUCCCUCGCCUCGCCGCGGCAUUUUCACAAGCACCCUCCGCGCGCCGCGCCGCGCCGCCGCCGCCGCCGCCGACACCGUCGCGAGAGGGGGUAGGGGGGGAUGGGCUCGCUCCCCGUGUCGUCGCCGGAAUGCGCGCCGGGGCGGCGGGUGACGGUGGCGGCGUCGGACCUGGCGCCGCUGUUCGGGGCGCAGCGGCGGCACCUGGACCACUUCUUCGACCGGCUCGACCUCUCGCAGGCGGCGGCGUUCGCGCAGGCGCUGGUCGACGCCCCCGGCGCGGUGUUCUUCACGGGCGUCGGCAAGUCCGGGAUCGUGGCGCGGAAGCUGGCGCAGACGCUGGCGUCGCUCGGGUUCACCCGCGCGGGGUUCCUGUCCCCCGUCGACGCGCUCCACGGCGACAUCGGCUCGGUCUUCCCCGGCGACCUCCUCGUCCUGCUCUCCAAGUCCGGCGCCUCCGACGAGCUCCUCGCCCUCGCGCCCUGCGCCCGCGCCAAGGGCGCCCACCUCAUCUCCCUCACCUCCGCCGCAUCCGGCGCCGACUGCCCGCUCGCCGCCGUGUGCGAUCUCAACGUGCACCUUCCGCUGCAGGCCGAGGUGUGCCCCUUCGGCCUCGCUCCGGUGACCUCCACCGCCAUACAGAUGGUGUUCGGCGACACCGUCGUCGCCGCCAUCAUGGAGGCUCGCCGCCUCUCCAGGGACCAGUACGCCUCCAACCACCCCGCCGGCAAGAUUGGCAAAUCCCUCAUCUUCAAGGUUAAGGAUGUUAUGAAGAAGCAAAAUGAGCUUCCAUUGUGCAAGGAGGGAGAUAUGAUCAUGGAUCAACUCACUGAACUCACUAGUAAAGGCUGUGGGUGUCUACUUGUGGUUGAUGAUGAGUACCAUUUGAUCGGAACUUUCACUGAUGGUGAUCUCCGGCGUACACUCAAGGCAAGUGGGCAAGCAAUUUUCAAUCUGACAGUUGGAGAGAUGUGCAACAGGCACCCAAGAACAAUCACCGCUGAUGCAAUGGCAGUACAGGCCAUGGAGAAGAUGGAAUCGCCCCCUUCUCCGGUGCAGUUCUUGCCAGUUGUUGAUAGCAACAACGUUGUCUGUGGGAUCAUCACAUUGCACGGAUUGGUCUCAGCUGGACUAUAAUCUUUUCGCCUCAUCUCCUUGCGAUUCUUUGCAAGUAUUUGGUCCAGUACAUCAUCACGCUGGUUGCAUGGAUUCUUGUCAAAUGGUGACGCCUUAUCUUUGUACUAGUACGUGUAGCCUAGAGUGUUAAAGAGGCAUUGUUUACCAGUGUCUCCUACGUCUAGUGUUCUAAAAGAGCAAUGUGACAGUUGCUCGCUGGAUGAAUGUACCCUUCCCUCUGUAAAUGAAUGUGAGUUUAAGAUGCAGUGGAAUAAAAAGUUUAAGCCUAAACAAGCAGACAUGUUA